CUCCCACAAGUAAAAGGCGCCGCGUCCACGAUAUGGUUGGUAUGCUACCAGUACAUACAUAUCGUGGAUUUACCGACGCACCGGCGCGGCAUGAUGGCAAGUGACGAUGACGGCAUGAACAACUGGUGGCUUUGCAUGGGCAUUUCGUUGCUCGUGUACGUGGACGUCCAAGUGAACGCGGUCCUGCGGCCGUACCCGGCGUUGUUCAUCGUGACUCCCAUCACGUGCAUCGUCCUCAUGGUGAUGGGUCAUCUCCUCGCGCGUUUCCCUCGACGUCGCGCGUGUUUUGCGAUGUCGGUCAUGUGCAUGAUGGCGGUCGUUCUGGUCGUACACACGGUGGUGCAUGCUUCGUUCCGGUACAGUCUCAUGCAAUCCUGCUGCAACCGUCGAUGGAGCACCAAGCAGCAGCCCCACCAAGCCACGUUCAAUCCCAUGUCUUGCGCCAUGACCAUGCUCGACUGUUCGUACAGCAUCUUGGCGGGUGUGUUGCACUUGGGCAGUUUGUUUCUGUGUUUGCAUGGCAUGGUGCGCGCGAGUGUGUUCCACGUAGAAAUGUCCAUCCACCACUUCCAUCUCCAAGCGGCGUUUGACACGUACAUGGACCGCCUUUGCUACGUCCACUACAUUUGCGUGAUUGUGCCCCAUCGAUCGACGACCCUGGACGAAGCCACGUUGUGAAUAAAUAAUAUUCGGUUGUGGUUCUAACAACCCAAGAGAGCUAAAUCGGGAGCUCGGCACACGGCUUGCCAAUCACGUAAAUGUAAUCCGUGUGGACGAUCACCAUGUCCGCGGGCGGGUUUGUGUGGACGUACGGAGGCGUCUUGUCUGUGCCCGAGUGCAAACACCCAAUGCAAAUCAAGUUCUAACAGCAUAUCAAUAUCAUGUUCACUUGUGGAUGGUCGUACCAGCGCCAGC